AUGGAAGGAUUUAAGAAAGAAGAAAUAAGAAAAGGGCCAUGGAAAGUAGAGGAAGAUGAAGUACUGAUUAAUCAUGUUAAAAAAUAUGGUCCUAGAGAUUGGAGCUCCAUUCGAUCCAAAGGCCUUUUACAAAGAACUGGAAAGUCUUGUCGCCUUCGUUGGGUUAAUAAGCUUAGACCCAACUUGAAAAAUGGGUGCAAGUUUUCAGCAGAGGAAGAGAAGGUGGUGAUAGAUUUGCAGGCAGAAUUUGGGAACAAAUGGGCAAGAAUCGCGACCUAUUUGCCUGGAAGAACCGAUAAUGAUGUGAAGAAUUUCUGGAGUAGUAGACAGAAGAGGCUGGCUAGGAUUUUGCAGACUUCAGGAACACCUUCCUCUUCUAAUCCCAAGCAGCAGAAGAGUAAAAAUAAAGUUCCUGUCUUUCAGGAUGUUCCCACUUCGGAGGCUUCAAUGUUCGGUUCUUUAAUGGAGGAAGAGGCAUCCUCAAAGGCUUGCUCGUCAUCCUACUUGGAGAACCCUGAACAGAUAAGAAUGAUGCCAUUACCGCCACUGGUUAAGUCUGAGUUGCCAGACUGUGAUGCAAAUCUUGUUCAAUAUGAGCCCUUCUUUCAAAUCCCGCAGCCUCAACCAGACCUUGUAUUUUCACCAGAAAGCCAUGAAUUCCUGGCUAGGCUGGACGACCCUUACUUUGUCAAUGUGCUUGGACCAGUAGAUGCAGCACAAUUUUCACUUGGGCCUCCAUUGUUUGAUCCAGUAUCAAGCUGUAUGAAUAGUGCAAGGGAUGUUAAGAAUCCUGUGACCCCAGAUACCCUCUUCGAUGAGUUUCCACCGGACAUGUUUGAUCAUAUCGAACCGCUUCCAAGUCCUUCAGAGUGGUGA